CGCUUCCAAAUUCCUCCAAUCGACUCCUCCGCACCGUCCUCGCUUCGCAAUCCCCAGCACCAGCAGCUCCCCUCUCCUCCCCCAAAACCCUACCCUCCCCGAGCGAGCGAGCGGGCUCCGGGCCGCCAAUGGACGGAGGAGGCGGAUUCAUGGGCCCGCCGCCGGUCCCCCGCUCGCCGGAGGACGUCUUCCGGGACUUCCGCGCGCGCCGGGCCGGCCUGAUCAGGGCGCUCACCACCGAUGUGGAGAAGUUCUACGUGAUGUGCGACCCAGAGAAGGAGAACCUAUGUUUGUAUGGACUUCCCAAUGAGACAUGGGAAGUGAACUUGCCUGCAGAGGAGGUCCCUCCUGAACUCCCAGAGCCAGCUCUGGGAAUUAACUUUGCACGUGAUGGGAUGAAUGAAAAAGAUUGGCUGUCACUUGUUGCUGUGCAUAGUGACUCUUGGUUAUUGUCGGUUGCAUUUUAUUUUGGAGCAAGGUUUGGUUUUGACAAAGAAUCCAGGAAACGGCUCUUCACCAUGAUCAACAACCUUCCCACAGUAUAUGAGGUUGUCACAGGAACCGCCAAGAAAGAGCCCAAAGACAAAACCCCUAAAAACAGCAAUAAGAGUAACAAAACUGGCUCGAAGCCGUCACGCCAGUCAGAACCCAAUUCAAGGGCCCCGAAGAUGCCACCUUCAAAGGAAGAGGAGGAGAGUGAAGGGGAGGAUGGGGAACCACAGGAAGACCAUGAGAGCACGCUGUGCGGCGCAUGCGGCCAAAGUUACGACGACUUCUGGAUCUGCUGUGACCUGUGUGAGAAAUGGUUCCAUGGCAAGUGCGUGAAGAUCACCCCAGCCAAAGCGGAACACAUCAAGCAGUACAAGUGCCCCUCCUGCACAGGCAGCAAGAGGGCGAAGGCUGGAGUCUAGGAAACCUGAAUAGCCAACAAUGCUCUAAGGAGCCUUGACGAGUUGAGCUAAAGUUCUCAGGUUAGGGCAGCUAUAGAUUCGAAUACCUUGUCUGGAUAUUGUCGGCGUUGAUGCUUGAGGAUCCAUCUAAAUUUAGUGUCAGUACUUAUGAUUACUGACUGACUGUUGUAGUGUGUGUGGCCUCAAGCACCUAUGCUCUAUAGUCUACUGAAUUGUGUGCUUUAGAUUCCAACUAUGCCAUGUAUGAUCAUUUAGUCGUUUUAAAGUUAGAUUUCUGUCAUUUUUCC